AUAUUCUUCUAUAUUUACAUUUUCCUUUCACUAAAAUUGGUUUUGCACAAAUAGUAUUCCAUUUCUACUAUAUAAGAAAUCAUGUUUUCAUUAAAGCGAUUUUGCACAAACGCUACUCGAGUAGGAUGCCUGAAUUUUUCCAGUGCGGUGGAAAAGCCAAAAACAGCAGUGCUUAUGCUAAAUAUGGGCGGACCUCAAUCUAUCGAUCAAGUACAUGAUUAUUUACUACGCAUAAUGACAGACCGUGAUAUGAUUCAGCUACCAGUGCAAAGUAAACUGGGUCCCUGGAUUGCACAACGUCGUACACCGGAUGUUCAGAAAAAAUAUACUCAAAUAGGCGGUGGAUCACCAAUAUUAAAAUGGACUAAAUUACAAGGAGGACUUAUGUGCAAGGAAUUGGAUAAAAUGUCACCUGAGACAGCUCCACAUAAGCACUAUGUGGGUUUUCGUUAUGUAAAUCCUUUAACUGAAAACACUUUACAAGAAAUUGAAAGAGAUGGACCAGAACGCGUGGUUUUAUUUUCACAGUAUCCGCAAUACAGUUGUGCAACAUCUGGCUCUAGUUUCAAUUCAAUAUUUCACCAUUAUCGCGAGAAUACAUUCCCAAAAAAUAUUAAAUGGAGUGUUAUUGACCGCUGGGCUACACAUCCUUUGCUCAUUAAAACAUUUGCAGAUAGAAUACGUGAGGAGCUAAGCAAAUUCGUUGAAACCAAACGUGAUAAUGUGGUAAUAUUAUUCACGGCUCACUCUCUACCGCUUAAAGCUGUUAAUCGUGGUGACUCUUACCCAUCGGAAAUUGGAGCUACUGUGCACUUGGUUAUGCAAGAACUUGGUAAAACCAAUCCGUACAGUUUAGCCUGGCAGUCGAAAGUUGGCCCACUACCUUGGCUAGCACCUGCCACUGAUGAUGCUAUCAAAGGUUAUGUUAGGCAAGGACUUAAGAAUUUUAUACUAGUACCCAUUGCUUUCGUAAAUGAACAUAUCGAAACACUGCAUGAAUUGGAUAUUGAAUAUUGCGAUGAAUUGGCUAAAGAGGUCGGAGUAGAAGAAAUGCGUAGAGCUGCCGCUCCAAAUGAUCACCCACUAUUUAUAAAAGCUUUGAGCUCUAUUGUCGCGGAUCAUUUAAAGAGCAAAGAACCCAUUAAUUCAAAAUUCCUUAUGCGCUGCCCAAUGUGCGUCAAUUCACGUUGUAGAGAUAGUAAACGCUGGUAUCGCCAAGUUUGCACGCUGUAAGCUUGUAAACGAAAGUUGGAAUUAUUUCUCAUAUGUUAGUUGGAUAUUAUAAAUAUGGAAGUUUUCACGUUAAGGGUCAUUUUAUUCAAUAAAAUAAUUUUAAAAGAUUCUAAAUUUUUGGGAAAGAGUAA